GUGUGGUUUAAACUUCUCACCAGAGCACAAAAAUAUCAGAUAGAAAAUCCCCAUUACACACUCACUCAGUCUCUCAAUGUCUUCCUCCCUACCUCUCAGUUUCAACCCUCCUCUAAUCCACAGACCUCAACCACCUCCUCUUCUCCACCCCAAUUUCUUCUCUCCAUUCCCAAUCUCCAAACCCUCCCUUCAUUCUCUCUCUAAACCUCUCAUUUCCUUCUCUCUCUCCCCCUCAAACAACUCCAAUUACGACCCAGAAGAGGCCCGGUGGCUCCGCGAGGAGCAGCGGUGGCUUCGGGAGGAGCAGCGGUGGCUCCGCCAGGAAUCUCGGUGGCAAGCCGAGCGAGAAUCCCUCCUCUGCGAAAUCUCAGCCCUAAGGCUCCGGAUUCAGGAACUGGAGCGCCAGAGCGAAAACCAUGGGGUUUCGGUGGAAAAUGUUGCUGCGCUGUUGCAGAUGUUGAAGAAGGAAGCGGAGUUGUUGGAAAGCGGUUCGAGCGCGGUGCCGAUGGUGCUGGAGGCGGCGGAGAGUGGUGGGAAGGUGGAGGAGGAGGUGGUGGCUGUGAAGGAAGUUAAGAGAGCGACCUUGAGGAAGGGAUCGGAAGGAGAAGAUGUUAGAGUGAUGCAGGAAGCCUUGCAAAAAUUGGGUUUUUAUUCUGGCGAAGAAGAUGUGGAAUAUUCUAGCUUCUCAAGUGGGACGGAGCGUGCUGUAAAAACAUGGCAAGCCACAUUAGGUGCCCGUGAAGAUGGAAUUAUGACUGCUGAACUCCAAGAAAUGUUAUAUCGAGAACAACAAAUUGGGGUUUCUGGCUUGGCAGUAAAUGUGGAUCCAAAAGGAAAUAAUUUGACUGCUGUUCAGAAGGAGGGUGCAAAUGGAGCUGCAGUUGCUUCUAUAACCGAAAUUUCAGAAAUUCAGCAAACAGUUGUGGAAGAAGGUGGUGUUACAGAAGUUGAGGUAUCUGAACACCGAGUAUUUCUUCUUGGAGAGAACCGUUGGGAAGAACCUUCUAGGCUUGCUGGCAGGAGCAAACAGGUUGGUGGGGCCAAGAGCAAGGACCGUAUAACAAAGUGCCUGUCUUGUCGCGGGGAGGGUCGCUUAUUAUGCACAGAAUGUGACGGGACAGGUGAACCAAACAUCGAACCACAGUUUAUGGAAUGGGUAGAUGAAGGAGCGAAGUGUCCCUACUGCGAAGGCCUUGGAUAUACAAUCUGUGAUAUGUGUGAAGGAAAGACAGUGGUUUAGGUGUACAAUCUGGUUUUUAUUUUGUUUUUAUGGUUAUGUUAUUCUCUCGUUGUUUUGCAAUGUUUAGGUUAUGUGGUUAGCUUGGUCAUGUCAUAAGUUGUAUUUGGUGUCUUCUUGUCCUGGUAGUUCUAUUGGAGACUUUUAAGGUAUGUAUGUUUUACUUCUUGUACUACUUUUCAUGAUAUUGAUGAGAUUCGAAUACAGAAACAAGUUCUAUAACACAUCUAUGAGAUUUGAAUUUGGUCAUUUGGUGAA